AUGCUAACUAUAGAGGAUCUAAAAAAACCGCCUCUACCGUGGACGGAUUCGUUUUUCGGCUGGAGUCAAUUACGGUCGGCUUAUUCCUUUCCGGGCAGCUGGAGAGAAAUGGGGAGGCGUGUGGACGCGAAUUUUGUGGAGUUUCUGGGAAACUACCUCCGGGUUCUUCUAGUCUUCCUGGUGUGCGUCAUGUACAAGCGGCCAGUGGCGUGUGCGGGACUGGUGGCCCUGGUGCGGCUGUGGCACGAGCUGAAAAAGUGCAACGCGGCGCUGCUAGUGCACAAGGACAGCUGGCGCUUGCACGCUGGCCGGUUCCUGCUGCAGCUAGCCCUGUGGGUGGUGGCAUUCUGCUUCAGAGUUGUGCCGGCUCUCUCACUCGCCCUCAGCCUCUCACUCUUUGGUAAGCCCUCAGCCUUGCCUGAUUCUGUUAGCCCCCAGCCAUCUUCCUCUUCCAUCUAUGCAGCUAUCCUGCUGCACAGCUCGCAUCACCACCCACCGCCAUUGCAACCCCAUGUAUCGUGCGUUUGUCCUCCCCUCAUUAGCCUCACCCCCCGUCUCUCCUCACUCUCCAUCUCUUCUGACCCGCCGUCUCUCCUCACUCCCCAUCUCGUCUCACCUGCCGUCUCUCCUCACUUCCAGUCCCUCUACCCCGUCUCUCCUCUCAUCUCCCUUCUCUCCUCUCCCGUCUCGGCAGUUAUCCUGCUACACAGCUUGCUACGCCACCCACCGCCCCUGCAGCCCCCAUGUAUCGUGUGUUUGUCCUAA